UUGUUUUUGAUGGCAAGCGGACGACGCGGACAUGAUCGCGGUCUCGUCGACGUGAGGCUCGGCGCCACUGUCGUGUUUUACCUCGGCGGGUAAGACGCGGGGAUUUUGCUUCAUCACAGAAUCCUGCUGGUUUCUCCAUUUUUUUUCUUUUUUUCUUCCAUCAUUCCGCACUCGCAGGAGGACGUUUUUUUUUAAUUUUUUCUCAUCAUUUUUUUUUUUUUAAACCCAAACAACGUGUGAUGAGACAAAGGAACAAAGGAUGCCUUAGACGGGAGCUCGCCAACACGCCCGGAAACCUCCUCAGAGCGCAUCGCCGCCAAAUGGAUCUAACGCCUCCCUCCGCCGCCGCCGCCGCCACCUCCAGAUCAUGAUACUAGGCUGAAGGAACCCACCCCCCCUCCCCACUACCUCCCCCACCCCCAUCCCCAUCCCCCCACCCCCCCCCCCUGCUUAUCUUUAUGAUCCCUCCUCCAUCUAUGGCGAACUAUAGCCAUGCAGGGGACCACACCAUCUUGCAGAAUGUCUCUCCUCUCGCCACCUUCCUCAAACUGACCUCGCUGGGCUUCAUCAUCGGCGUCGGCGUGGUCGGGAACCUCCUGAUCUCCAUCCUGCUGGUCAAAGACAAGAGCCUGCACCGGGCGCCCUACUACUUCCUGCUGGACCUGUGCGCCUCCGACAUCCUGCGCUCGGCCAUCUGCUUCCCCUUCGUCUUCACCUCGGUGAAGAAUGGCUCGGCGUGGAGCUACGGCACGCUGACCUGCAAGGUGAUCGCCUUCCUGGGCGUGCUCUCCUGUUUCCACACGGCGUUCAUGCUCUUCUGCGUCAGCGUCACCCGCUACCUGGCCAUCGCCCACCACCGCUUCUACACCAAGAGGCUGACCUUCUGGACCUGCCUGGCCGUCAUCUGCAUGGUGUGGACGCUGUCGGUGGCCAUGGCCUUCCCGCCGGUUUUGGACGUGGGCACCUACUCCUUCAUCCAGGAGGAGGACCAGUGCACCUUCCAGCACCGGUCCUUCCGCGCCAACGACUCGCUGGGCUUCAUGCUGCUGCUGGCGCUCAUCCUGCUGGCCACGCAGCUGGUUUACCUCAAGCUCAUCUUCUUUGUGCACGAUCGCCGAAAAAUGAAGCCCGUCCAGUUCGUGCCCGCCGUCAGCCAGAACUGGACCUUCCACGGGCCGGGGGCCAGCGGGCAGGCGGCCGCCAACUGGCUGGCCGGAUUCGGACGAGGCCCCACCCCGCCUACUUUGCUGGGCAUCCGGCAGAACAGCAACGCGGCGGGCCGCCGGCGUCUCCUGGUGUUGGACGAGUUCAAAACGGAGAAGAGGAUUAGUAGGAUGUUCUACAUCAUGACUUUUUUCUUCCUGGCGCUCUGGGGGCCGUAUCUGGUGGCCUGCUACUGGCGGGUGUUCGCCAGGGGCCCCGUGGUGCCGGCGGGCUACCUGACGGCCGCCGUGUGGAUGAGCUUUGCCCAGGCCGGGGUCAACCCCUUCAUCUGCAUCUUCUCCAACCGGGAGCUGCGGCGCUGCUUCAGCACCACGCUCCUCUACUGCCGGAAAUCCAGGUUACCGCGGGAACCCUACUGCGUUAUAUGAAGGUUUUUACCCCGACGCCCCCACAAACCCCUCAAUCGGGGCUCUUGUACAGCCCCCUCUCUCUCUUUCUCUGCUAGCUUCCCCAACCCCCCCCCCCUUUUCCAGCGCCAAUCAUUGGCCCAUCCCAAAUAAUGGAGGUGUGCAACAGGGCUCAAUGCAUCGCCCACUGUCGUUUGCCCGUGCAGAGAAGCAAAAAGUCCCAAAAAAUAGGAGAACAAAAAAAAAUUGACAAAAGGAUUUUUUCCCCCCAGAUUACUCUGUGAGAUGCGAAACACUAAAAAAAAAAAAAAAAGAAGAAGAAAAAGAAGAAAGAAACGACGCCUCUCGAGGAAUCGCCAGUUUUACAUUUUUAAGAGUUGCACUACAAAAAAAAGAGAAGAUUUGGGUCGUUGCCGUUGCAAGGACAACAUUGUGGUCCCUCCCCCAAACAAUGGAUGCUUUAAUUUGCAACAGACUACACGCAAACAAUCGCUGUAAGUAAGGCAAAAAAGGCGGAGGAGGGUAAAAACGGUUUUAAUGUAAGUGGUAACUUUUUUUGGUUGUUUUUUUUUAUAUAUAGAAGGUGGGGCUUAAAAAAAAUAAUAAUAAUAAUCAAUUUUGAACGUGAAGUUUCAACUAGCAUCGCUUUCAUGUAGUUUUAUCCGGAAGAGUACGGGGCCAACUGGGUUUCAAAGUUGGUAGCAAACAUGGCGCCCUUUUGACCAAUCAUUUAGGACAGUGUUUCUUAACCCCGAAAAGAAUAUGAU